AUGGCUGCCAAUCGUAGGCAGUUCUCGUCGAAAGAAGAGGUGCGCAAGGAGGGCGAUGAGGGAGGCGGUGCCGAUGAAGGUGAUGGUGGCGGUGGCGGUGGUAGUGACGGUGGAGGUCCUCCAACCGAGAGCAGCACCAGCGGCAAGGAUGAAGUGGAUUACGUGCUGACAUCUGCCAAGGGUUUGGGAUCAUCCCACAAAGUUGAAGGGGCGUCAAAGGAGGACACCGCUACGGGCCCACCAAAGUCCGGUGUGACGCUUGACAAGUUCAACAUAUUUCACCUGCGCCGAAGACCAAAAAGUGACCCCGGGACGGGCCCGAUCGGGAAGCAUGUGGCGGGUCAGCAGGCGACAUCGGGUGGUGGAGUCGCGGCAACAACGGCCGGCGCAGGACCGGACGAGGUGCUCAAGAAGAAGAAGUCGCGCUUCGUCAAGAGUGCCUCGAUCGCGCGUAUCUUCGGCAAUAACUACAAUACCAAAAAGUAUGACGAUAGCAGCGCUCUGCUGAAGUUGCAGCAGUUCAAGCGCAGCUUCCUCAACAGUGAAAAGUUCCACAAGAAGGACGGCGGGGCCGGUGAGGACGCGGAGGCGGCAACCGGCGGUGAGCUGCAGAUCGGUGACUCCUGUUACGUGAACGACAGCGAAAGCAGCGCCAAAGCGAUCAAGUCGAUCACGCGCGGCCUGGGGCGAUUGCUUCGGCGAAACUGUCACAGCAUCGACAUCAGCCGGCCGGAUCCGGAGUACAAGGUGUCUUACCUGGGCAACGUGCUUACUGGAUGGGCGAAAGGUGAUGGUUGCGUGGAAAAACCCCUUGCGACGCUGUGGCGCAACUACACGCAGAACAGCAAACCGGACGUGAUGAUGAAGCUGUGCCUGUGCCCGUCCGGGCUGAAGGCGACCACCCGGCAGCACGGGCUGACCGAGUACUGGUCGCAUCGGAUCACCUACUGCAGCUCGCCAAAGAACUAUCCGCGCGUGUUCUGCUGGAUCUACCGGCACGAGGGUCGCAAGCUGAAGCACGAGUUCCGCUGCCACGCGGUCAUCUGUUCCAAAGAAACCAUCGCCCAGGAGAUCAGCACCAUCCUGAAGGAAAACCUAGCCAAAGCCCUGCGCGAGUUUAAGCGCGAUAAGUUGAACCGCCAGAACGCCCGGCUCAGUCUGGCGAACAGCGUGUACGACAACCCGAGCAUGCCCCGGCGCAAGAUCAUGCUGAGUGUGGGGGCGAACAACUACCGGCCCCCGCUGGAGCGCUCCAAAUCGGCCCCGAAGCUGAUGGCCAUCGAGGAGAUGAUCGGGGAGGAGGAUGAGGAAGAGGAGUUGGAGACGGGAGCGAGGACAAAGCACUCAUCGGCGGCGGGCGGUAGCAAUGGCAAUGGUGGUGCAUACCUGGAAGCAUGCUGCCGGGAGGAUGCACUGUUUCCUUCGACGACACUUGGCCGACGACGUUGUCGGCGUGGUCACUCGAUACGGCGAUCGCGGUUGCGCAACUCGUUCAAAUCGCCGAAAGACCUGGAGGCACGGGUACCGCUGAAGAACGAGAACAUCGUGCACGUGAGUCCGAUGAACAAAUCGGUCGACUCGAUCCUCGAUACGAUCAGCCAGGAGGACGGCGAGGAGGAAGACACGCUCGAAGAGAGUCCGGCAGCGGAGGAGGAGGAGCAGGGAGCGAUGACGCUUAAGUCGAAGGCAUCCCGCAACUCCGACUCGUCCGAGGACGACUUUGAGGCGUUUCUAGCGCACUACAAUUAUAACUCAAGCGAACCGCUUUCGACGGAACUGAUCUCGUACUUCGACAUGAAGCUGAACCCGGCGGCCGUGUGCAGUAUGCACGAUCUAACCCAGCACCACAGCAGUCUCCCGGUGGUGGGUCUCGAGGAUACGCAACGAUUGGCACUCAGUUUGGACGACCUGGACCACUAUCCGUUGCCUGCGGGCGUAGUGGUUGGAGCAUCGGAAGGCGAAGUGACUCGAUCCCGCGAACUCAAAGAUCCACGCGCUUGCCGGGAACGCGAGCAGCAGGAGGAGGAGGAAGCAAUGUUUUUCAACCAGGAUGAAGUGCUGGAGAUGCUCCGUACGGCUGCCGAAUCGGCCGCAUCCGCCUCCUCCACCCAUCGGCGCCUUUCAAGCGAUCGUCUGCACUCCUGCCUGCACGCCGAGGAUGACACGGCCCCGCCAUCGUUGUUGUGUGUCACGGGCAAGCUGAAUGCCACCGGUGGAUCCCUGACACACCACCCGGACAGUGACGAAGGUUCGAUCUCGAGCGGCUGUGAAACGUCCAGCACCGUCACGACCAACACCGACGAUUCCGUAGCCACCGCAACCUCUUCCUCCGCCGUGGGCGCAAUGGCCGCAGUGCUCAGCAAACCCGGCUCGGUUCUCGAACGCGUGCGCAGCUUCGAGCAGCUGGCCGAGAACCAGGUCAUUCAUGUGCCGCUCGGCGAACGUGCCGACAAUCACUCGCCCGCAUCAACGACGUCCGGUGGUUCAGGCUCCUCUGGGCCACAUCCGGAUGCGAUGGUUUUCAAGCGUAGCAUAACCUUCCCCGCACCGGGUGUUAAAUCGAGCUUCCUCAUGCCCAUGUCGAUGCCAGGUGCCCCCGCCGGACGCAUGGAGCCGAUCGAUUCCCCUCUGGACUCGCUGAAUGAAAUCGUCGAACCACAUCGGACCGAGGGCGGACAAACCCACUUGGAUCACCAUCACAUGCACCACCACCUCCACCACCACCGUCAUCAUGGCCACCUUCGCGGGGAGGACAGUGUCGAGGGAAGCAAACCGAAGGUGCGCCAAAUGCGCCUCAAGUCAACAGUGGCCGCGGUCAACACGCAGCUCAUCAACAACCUGCAGGCGAUCGAUUCCGAUUCGGAGUUUAGUGACGAGUCCGGCUAUGUCGAAUUCCAGGACAACCAACCGUCAAUCAAGUCGGUGACGGCUUGAUGUUGCUCGGUGAAUGAUAAUGAUAAUUGUUAGUGUUAUGUUACAAUUUUUUUUUUUCGUAAGUGUGUUGUCCUUUUUCACUAUGUCCACUUCUUUUCCUCUUCCGGGAUGCAAAGAAAUCUAGUGAAAACCAUCCGUUAAUGUUGCAACCGGCUAAUGAUAAGGAUUAGUAUUUUUACGACUUAGUCUUAGCCUUUGACUUUGUGGCUACGGUCCAUACAAUUUACUUCCGUAAGAUCUGAAUGCGUUUAUGGAUUGUAAUUUUUUUUUGUUUUUGCUACAGGAAUUAGUUGAACAACUUUGGUGGUCGUUAAUUAAGACAGAGCAGUGAAAUUAGAGUAGUUUUAUUUUUAUAUGUAUACUGAUGAUUACUAAAAAUAACAAAUACAUUAUUGUGCAGUUUAGCGGGGUGGACUCGUCGAGACUCGUAGAGACUCGUUUUGGAAAUAUAUAAAUAUAUAUACUUACAAGGAAGUGCAGGCAAAUCAGGAGAGGCAAGAAUAUACAUGAGUGAGGCCUUUACAGAGGAUAGAAGUUGGUUAAAUGUAUGCCCCUGUUAAUGGUUUAGCUUUACCGUUCGUUCUCUACAUGAAGCCAUUCGCUUUUUGAACGUUAUUACAAACGCUCCAAUGCCCCCAUCCCCGCAGGGGCAGGGGAACAAUAUUGUAACAACCCACUGUUCCACACAAUUAAGGCAGGACGCGAUCGAAUCCGAUACCAAAUAAAUUAUUGUAAUCUUUAUCAAUAGAAAAUACGAACGAACACAAUACAACAAUAAAUCAUCCAAUGAGUUAGAAGUAGGUUUAGUAUUGGCCUGUGCCAGAAUUGGUUUCCUUUUGGUAGCUAUAUACAGGUGGAUGCCCCUUUAAAUGUCCAGCACUUGGCAUCAGCUUUAGAAACCACUGGCCCCAUCAUCCCCUUGUCUCCCUUCUCCUUGCACACGAGGCAAUUCUGGUGCAAGAAAGGCAGGAAGAAGUUCGGUUGAAUGUACCUCAACAUGUCCUGAUAUUAUGUAAUGUUACGGAAAUCAUUAAUAUAACUUGUUUUGUUCGAUUUCUACUCGUCAAUAAACACUGAACGCACCUGUAAGAUAAAAAGGUGCAUCUAGAAUAUAUUGCAUUCAACCAAAACGUGCCACCAUAUUUGCACGAAAGCGGUUAUUUCCUCAAAUCUCUUACCAAUCACAUUCUUGGUGAAGUUUUCUUCCCGCAAAUACCUGCAAUGUGGGCAACAUCCUCUAGCACGUGUGUCGGCAUGAGCGAUAAGUUUUCUGGAGCGAAGGGUUUCGCAGGGGGGGAUAAAGGACACUUAACUACAAAAUAGUAAAAGGAAUAAGCAAACCUACUAAAAGUUAUCGGUGCGAUAAUAAAAAAGUGUGUAGACAAAGGGCAAUUUAAAGAAAACUCAUGUUAUAUGUGUGAUCCAGUGGAGAUGGUUAUUGUAUCUGUUCACCAGGUAAACUAUAUUCAAGGAGCAAGGAGUAUAUUUAUUGAUACCGAUAUUUGAACAGUGUUUUUUCUUGUAAUUGUCAACAGUUUCUAUG